AUGGUAAUAUUUUCCUCCCAGAAAAUCCGAGGUGUGUUUGACAAGGACCCUGCCAAGUAUGCAACUCUACAGCAGAUAGUGGAGGCAGAGAAGGAGACACAUGGCACAGAGUGGCCCAAAGUAGGAGCCACCUUGGCCCUAACGUGGCUCAAGAGAGGUCUCUGUUUCAUCCAGAUCCUGCUGCAGAGCUUGGCAGACGGAGAGAAAGACGAGAACAACCCUAACCUCAUCCGUGUUAACAUCACCAAAGCCUACGACCAGACCCUGAAGAAAUACCACGGCUGGCUCAUGCAGAAGAUCUUUAAGGCGGUGUUGCUUGCAGCACCCUACAAGUCAGACUUUAUCAAGGCCCUGUCAAAAGGUCAAGAGGUCACAGAGGAGGACUGCAUGGCUAGUGUACGCCAGUGCCUCGUCAAUUUCACAGCCACUGUGGAUGCCAUCUAUGAGAUGUGCACAACGCUGAAUGCAGAGCUGGACUAUAGCGUGUGAUGUUGUCCCCCAAACCGGACUGCAGCAGCAUCCUGCUUGUUACUUUCUUUGCCUUCUGUUUUUUGUCCUUUCUCUCAGGUGAUUGAUGGGACAUUCCAUCUUUUGAGGGUUGAGGAUUCUAUUUCAAAGAAGACGUUUUCAUCCGUGGCACCAUUUUGAUUAUUACUUUUCUGUCCCUCCUUUUAAAUCCCUCCCUACUGAAUGUUGAUAGUUUGGCCCAUGAUGAGUUGCUGCUGGACAGAAAGUGGCAUAUUCCGUGUUGAGUGUUUUUUUAAAAUUCGUACACGUCUAGCACAGCUCUUGGUGCAGUCUGAUGCUGUUACACAUGAUUCACCACAGGUAAGAGACAUUCAGAAGUGAUAUCCUGAGAUCUGGUCAGUGUUACUUUAAUACAGCAUCUCUUUCUCUGUGGGAGGGGAGAAUAUUCCUGCUAUUGAUUCGCAUUGCACAUGACUCAUAAAAUUCCUACUGUAACUCUGCCAAGAAAUGUGAGAUAAUGCCCUCACUGCCUGGUAGCUACUGGGAAGUCAACUAUCCCAUGCCUUUAAAGAUUAGAACCACCAUUAGUGGUUUUAGUGACUUCAAAUCACAUUUUAUUAGUCACAUGCACCAAAUACAACAGGUGUAGACCUUACAGUGAAAUGCUUACUUAUGAGC